GAUUGUCCGUGUUUUCAGUCCGGGACUCCUCCUGGAUGAUGACGUCACGCAGCUUCUCCAACUGUACAGUGAAGCGCGUGAGAGACUGAGACGCACAUAACGGUCCAUACUCAAGAGACUGACCGCAUCUUCAAAAAAAUAUUAUGGAAGGCCAUUGAUUUCUCACACUGAAACAAACAUGGGAAGAAAAACUUGAGACAAGAAGUGGAGUUUGGUAGAAAUACACACCAUGGCUGCCCAUCGCAUUCGAUCAGUGAACAACAACACUGUGCUCCCUCGCUGCAGAUCUGAGGGUGCACUUAUUGAUCUCAGUGAAGGAGUGCCAGAGGCCACCCUUACAGAUUUUAAAGUGCCUUCACCUAGUGCCUUACGACUGGAUGCUACUGCCUCAUUUGGAGCUGUCAGGGAAGUGAUUGCCAUUAAGGAUUACUGUCCAUCCAGCUUUACCACACUCAAAUUCUCAAAGGGAGACUGUCUUUAUGUUAUAGACACAUCGGGUGAAGAGUGGUGGUAUGCACACAACAGUAAAGAGAUGGGAUAUAUCCCAGCUGCUUAUGUCCAGCCGAUCAAUUAUCGAGAUUUCACGUUCAGUGAUAGCGGCAUGAUUGACAGCCUAAGUGACAUUUCUGAGGGGGUGAGAGAAAUGGAUAUCUCGGGGGAGUGGACGGGGUCCACCAAAACCACAGAAUCUAAUAAUGACCAUCCUUUUGUUAAUAAACGGAUGUCAACUAACCCUUUCCUAAAUGGCACGCUGCAAGGUGCCCCUGACCAAAACAGCAACCAGAAUUCAGCAAAUGCUUUGUGUUUAGAUAAUCUCUCACCUCCCAUCUCAAACACCAGCAGCACUAUUAAUAUUAAUGGCUUUGAAAGUGGGCUACUUGACACGCACAAUAUUAGCCCUGGCUCAGGGAUUGGCCUAAAUUUUCGCAGAGACAAUCCGUUUUUUAUGAGUAAGCGUUGCUAUAGCAUGUCAGAACUGUCUGUCCUGCAGUCCCUGUCUGAUGGGAAUCAAGGUUCCUUGAGUUUUUUUGGUGGCUUGAAGUCACCUAAACCUGAGCAUUUUCAAAGUAGAGAGGAUUUCAAAACGGCAUGGCUAAAUCACCGUAAACUUACAAGAUCCUGCCAUGACCUGGACUCCAUUGGACAAAACCCAGGUUGGGGGCAAACCCAGCCAAUAGAGGCCAAUAUUGUGUGCAAACUGGACAGUUCUGGUGGUGCCGUGCAGCUACCAAAUACCAGUAUCAGUAUAUAUAUUCCCGAGGGUCACGUUGCACCGGGUGAGACUCAGCAGAUAUCGCUGAAGGCACUUCUGGAUCCACCGUUGGAGCUUAACAACGAUAGAUGUACUACCGUAAGUCCAGUGGUAGAAGUAAAACUCAGUAACAUGGAAACCAAGACCCCGGUCGCUUUAGAGAUGAAGGUUUCUGUUGUAGUAAAGAUAGAGAGCCGCAAAACCGCAGAGGUGGUGUGUGUGAGAAGCGACUUCAAGGAAGGUCCGUAUGUCCCUAUUCCACAUGUAUACAUGUAUGGAGACACAGUUCAAGUAACUCUGGACAAUUUAGAGCCUUGCAUGUAUGUCUCUGUAGUUGCCCAAGCACAAACGUUGGCCCCAUACAACACAGUCUGGGAACAUGUCGUAAAAAAGGUCACUCUUGGGGUAUACGGGCCAAAACACAUCCACCCAUCCUUCAACACAGUAGUGGCCAUUUUUGGCCAUGACUGCUCCCCAAAGACGUUGCUAGUGAGCGAUGUAAAAAAGCACUUACAGUCAACUCCACCUGUCGUCCUCCAGCUCUGGGGAAAGCACCAGUUUGUACUAACAAAACCUCAAGACCUUCAGGUUGGCAUGUAUUCAAACAUGUCCAAUUUUGAUGUGAGAGCCAAUGAACAGGCAAGGACCGUGAGGGGAUUUCAGAUCAAACUUGGCAAAGUGGCCCGCCUCAUCUACAUGAUCGCAGCACGCGAUUCAACUGACAUAAUUUCUCUAUAUGUGGAACUCAAAAGAAGAUCCAGAGAGAUCCAGAUGUGGUUUUGGACCUCAGUGAUUUUCAUUGUAUCGAUAAAAAAGCUGAAACCAUCUUCAAAAUAUCUUCUUUUAAGAAAGUACAGGUUUGGAAAAAACAUCAGGGCUCUUCUGAAGAUGGACUGUCAGGGCCUGGUGGCACGGCUGGUCAUGGACUUUGUGCUGUUGACUACAGCGGUGGAGGUGGCGGGUCGCUGGAGGGAGCUUGCUGAGAGACUCGCUACAGUGUCCCGGCAGCAGAUGGAAGCAUAUGAAGCUCCACACAGAGACAGCAGGGGACAACUGGAUAGUGAGGCCAUGUGGAAACCUGCCUUUGACUUCCUGGUCACAUGGGCAGCCCAGGUCGGGGACAGUUACAGGGAUGUGAUUCAGGAACUUCACACUGGAUUGGACAAAAUGAAGAACCCCAUCACCAAGCGCUGGAGGCACAUCACAGGCUCCCUCAUGCUUGUCAACUGUCUGGAUCUCCUACGGAGCACUGCUUUCAGCCCCUGCUCUCAAGAUGACUGUGCCAUAUAAAGACUGCCUACAUCACCUGACUUUUACAAGACCCAGAUACACCUGAUUUCACCUGAUUUAAAGCGCUUAUAUGUUUGCACAAUAGAUUUGUUAGCCGUGGUGUUGUUGCACAGUAAAUUACUGAAAAGUGUAUUGCUGAUGUUUUAAUACAAGCAGAGGUCUCCAUCUCAUGUAAAACUCUAAUGUAAAAUAAGAUAUGAUUGUUCAGAUUUUUUUUUUCAUUGCAUAUCAUCAUGAUUUUAUACUUGUACAUUUUGUACAAAAGAUACACGUUUUUCACUAAUAAUGUAACAACCUUUCUCUUUUGUUUUAAGUUUUGUUUUGUGAUGCCAAUUACACUGUAUGCUAAACUGCCUGUUUUACUUUGCUCUAAGUGUCUGUUGUUUAUGUUGUUCAGAUUUAAGCAGCCUAAUGUUUUUAUAAGUGAAAGUAAAUGUUGGAAUGAAAAGUAAAAUGGAAAAAUAAAACCUUAUUGUCUUAAUAAAGAGACACACCAGAAUUAUUAUUAAGGAAUGUAUAAUGAUAUCACUUUAGUUCACCUGUACAUAAAACAUAAAACUCAAAUACUAAAGUAGGCUUAUAACUAAAGCAUCUCAUCUUCAGCUUACAGAAAUUAAAAGAUUUACUCACCAUUGGGACGCUGAUGUCCCAGUGGCAUUAAUUUGUGCCAAAUAUACGAAGAUUUCAUUCCAGAACUUUAGUUACUAAAGAUCAAAGUAAAAAAAAAUUAAAGUCCAUUUGAUUGUGAUGAUAAUUCCAAACAGCACAUACGUGGUGUAUAACAAGUCGUUUUAUUAUUUAUUAUUAUUUGUUUGUUAGUUUGUUCUUCUUUUUGUUUUGUUUUAUCCCCCAAAAAAUGCACAUUAUGAUCAUAACAUUUAAUUUGUUGUUGCAAGUGAUGGCCCAUGUAAAUCCAAUGCAAAUGUAUCAGUUGGACACUUUGUUCAUUCAAAGUUAAAAUAAAUAAAUUUUUGAAUUUAUACAUUUUAACUUUGAAUUAAACAUUUAAAUGUAAUAAAUCAUAUAUUUAAGUAUUAUGUGGAAACUAAAUGUUAAAACUAUACAUUGUGGAAACUAAAAAUGUUGUCAUAAAGCUAACAGCUGUGCUGUUGUUUUUCUAGCCUACAUGUCUCUGUAUCCAAUUUGCAUUUGUAAGAGUUAAUUUAACAUUAGUUUAAUGUUACACUGAGUGUAGAUGUCAUUGAUACGUUGAUAGGAUGAAUUUGUGUGACAAAACUGACUCCAAUAUAAUAUAUUAAUCUGGUCGCAGUCAAAGUGCAACACUGAACAUUAUUGUAAGUUAAGUUUGUUUUCUUGCUGUGCCCACUGAGAGUUUUACAAACCUACUUGCUAUGUGCGAAUUCCAGUCUUAUCACUCCAGCAUAAUUUUUCUCACUGCUUGACAGGCUCUCCCAACAAAAAUUAUGACCAAUGUAAACAGUCAUCACUGUGGGUCUUACAAAAAUAUGCUUACAUCUUACCCUACUCUAGACACAGGCAUGCAGACGGCAUAUUUCACAUCACAAGCCUUUCAUCAGUGCCUGCCCUCUCUCACUCUCUGGGGGGAUCCCUCGACUACUGACAAAAAUCUGAAAGAUGCAAGUGUGUGUGUACAAUAUAAUGAACGUGCAGUCAACUAUGAAGAUUUUAUACAGUUUUAACUGGUGUUCCAAAGAUACAGUCAAGCAAGUGUGUGUUUAUCAAUGUGCCUGUGUUUGCUGUGAUGCGCCAUAAAUAAACUGUGUUCUUUCUCGGGUCAGUGAGUGACCUUUUGAAAAAGCCAAAGACAAA